AUGGAUUAAAAUUAUAUUGAUAAAUAAGUAUAAUAAGGAAAGGUCAUUGUUGUAAUAAACAAAUUAGUAUAUGAUUUGACAGAUUUCACAACAAGACAUCCUGGAGGGUUUAAAAUUUUAGAAAAAUAUAAUGGUUUUGAUGUUACUAGACAGUUUGAAGUUGUUAUUCGGCAUAGUGAAAAGGCAAAGGAGAUGAUGAAGGAAUUUUUCAUUGGCUCCUUUUAAGACCGAAGAUAAAAGGUUUCAUGGGAUCAUAUUAGAUCGAAUAAGGAAAAUCUAUACAUAGUGAUCUAAAAUAAUUUAUAUGAUUGUACUGAGGUAUAAUACAAUUUAUUUCUUAGUUCGCAGAUAAUCAUCCUGGAGGAAAAGAAAUUUUGUAAUUAUAUAAGAAUUAAAAUGCAACCGAAGCAUUUAAAAGGCUUGGUCACAGUUAAGAAGCAAGAGAAAAGAUGGAUUUAUAUAAAAUUGGAGAACUUGAACAUAAAGUAAUAAAAUUCAUAUAAUAGAAAGCUGAGGGGAAUUCGUAGAGAUGGCUUUUAUUUUUUAUAGGACUGGUAAUUGCGUACAUUUACAAAAGUAUCGCUUAUUGA